UUUAAUAAUGCUGUAUUUUAUUAAAAUGAAUUCUCUGACCAUUUUGUUGAAUAUUUAUGUUAGUUUCCUUUUAUUUCCUAUCUCAAUAAAUUAUCAAAAAUUACAACAGUUCAGAGAUUACGACAUAAUAGACUUCAAAGCAAAUUUCAAUGAUGGUAAGAUAGCAGAACAUAUAAGGAGUAAGUUGCCAUUUACUCUGAGGUUUCGAGCAUUCGAAAAGAAUUUUGAAUUGAUUUUGCAAGAAGAUAAUACAAUAAUAUCUCCGAGUGCCAAAGUCUUUAUAGUUGGUGACGAAAUUAUCAAGUUAUAUCCUAAAAACAUCGAUGGCUCAGCAAUAUACAAGGGAAUCGUUUCGGGAGAGCCACAGUCUUUUGCAAAUGGUUAUCUGCACAGAAAUGGAUUUAUUGGCAAAAUUCAAUUAAAAUACGAUACUUUUUAUACAGAAAAUGCGUUUACGUAUUUUAAAGACGAAACCUUUAAUGAUAAAUUAAUAAUUUAUAAAGACGUCGACAUAACACCUGUACAAUGCAAAAGAAUAAAAGGAAAUCGAUCGCAUUCCAAGCGGAAAAAUAAAUUUUAUAAAAAUUUAUUUAAUCGUAAAGAAACUUUGAGGUCUGUUUUUGAAAUAAACUCUACAUUUAACAAACAAAACAUGUUAAUGUGCAGUAUAGAGAUAAUGGCAGACCAUACCUUCGUAGAUUAUUUUAAUAAAGAUCGUGGAGCAAUUAUUGCAGAAAUGUUAUAUCAUAUGAAAGUUGCAGACAAAGUCUUCAGAAAUUUAGAUUUUAGCACGGUAGAUGCAGCUGAAGGAAUAAAAAUUAAUGUGGAAAAAAUUACUAUCAUAGAAAACCCAAAUAAUCCUGGUUAUUAUUUAAACGAAUCUAUAGAUAACCAUUUCGAAUACACUACACUUCUAUCUGGUCAUUCAAAACAAACCUGGUGCAUGUUUAUAAAUUUCUGCCACAGAGACUUUACAGAAACAAUUGGAGAGGCGUAUACUGGAGGAGUUUGUUGGGGAAACCCAAAAGGAAUGAGUGGAAACGUGGCAUUUAUAACAAAUGUGGCUUAUAAGAGAAGAGUUCCACGAAUGCAGAUUAGUAAACGUUUGCUUCAGAUAAUGGGGAAUUUACUCGGGGGUACCAACGAUCCUCCUGAUCAUCCCGUGUGUUCACCCGCAUACUUGAAUAAUAACACUCUCGGUAAUUAUAUUAUGUACAGCCAGUCAACAUAUAAUUAUUCAGAUGGAUGGUUGUACAACAACUGGAAGUUUUCUCCGUGCAGCAAAAUUCAAAUAUACGAACAUCUUUUCGUAAAUAAGGGAGCUUCUUGCAUGACGAAGCCAAAGUCAACAUGCGGUAACGGAAUAACGGAACAAGGAGAAGAAUGCGACUGCGGAAGUAAAGAAUCCUGUGAAAAACUCGAUCCUUGUUGCAAUCCUCCAGGUUCAGGUGCACCUUGUGCACUCCGGAAACGAUCGAAAAACUUUUGUAGUCCGCGAGAAGGAGAUUGCUGCAACGAGAAAUGCGAAUUUGUGGCAAAGGAAGAGCAACGCCAAUGUUUCGUUUUAAUUCCUUGCAGAAAAAAAAUUCUUCAGUGUAAUGGAUUGACGCCAUUCUGCCCGGAGAUGAUUUUACCAGACGGAUCAAAGUGUUUAGGUCCUAAUAAAUGUAAAUCUGGCAGAUGCCUCAUCGAUAUUUGUAAAAGAAAUGACCUAGAAAUUUGUAAAUGUCCUGACAACAUAGAGUGUCAGAUAUGCUGUAAAGAUCAGAAGGGAAAUUGCAAAUCGGCUUCGAACUGGAAGAUUAGACUGCCAGAUAAAGAAAUAUUUGCAACAUUUCCAGGAACACCUUGUAACAACAAUAGUGGAAAGUGUUUAAUGAAUGGAACAUGCAACGUAAAACACAUUCGUGGAAAUUGGUGGAAUACUUUCUGGCCAUAUUUAUUACCGAUUCCGAUAUACACGAUCAUCCAACUUUUCGUUGGUUUGUAUCGAUAUUGCGAAAAAUAUAUUAUUUUAUAUCAAACUUGAACGUUAAAGACGAAAUAUUAAAACUAAAUAAAGUUAUUAUACGGUUAUUAAAACAAUACAAAUGAAUGUGUUUAUCAACGCAAUUAUACAUUUUUUUAGAUUUAAUUACUACGAAAAUCCAAAAUACGUUUAUUCACACUUUAUGGAAAAAUAGUUGUAUCUUCCUGUUUGAAUAGUAUGUUACUUAAAAUUAAAAAUUAAUUACUGUGUAUGCAUGCAGGUUAAUACAAAAUGAAGCAUAAAUUCGUGAUGGACUUUAUUUUUAUGACAAAUUCAAUUGCAAUGUAG